GGCCUCCCGUCCCGUCUCUCUUGCUCAAUAGAACGAUUGAACGAUGACACUUAACAAGCGAGUUGUUUACUCUGUUACAACAUUUAUCUAAUCCCCAUAACUCAGGUAUCCACAGACGAUCCUCGGAAAGUAGGGAAAGAGAUGGCCCCUUCCGCCUUCAACUGUUUAUCUCCUCCUCCUCUUCCCCUCACUUCCACCUCUCCUGCAAUCCCCGAUCCUAACAUUUCCAGCCCUAAAAUACCUCCUUCUCCUUCUCCUUCUUCUCCUUCUUCUAUACCGACUAAUAAUCCGAACAAUACCUCCCAAUCUGAUUCCGAGACACACAGUCAGGUUCGAAAAUUCAGGGGUAGCUCCCAGCUGAACCGAUGGUCUAGGGCUCGUUCUAUACGAGCUGGACGGAGAUUAGACCGCUCCCUAAGUCAAGGGGCCACCAAUAUGAUCUCCCCUGUUCUGGGUGGGGAGGGCGGCCUCCUUAGCCCCACCUCGCCUUUAUCUGUAGGAAGCAGCGGUAGCGAAGACAACGGCGAUAGGACGGCGGUUAAGACCAUUUACAUGAUUUCUGACGGCACUGGCUGGACGGCGGAACACACCGUUAACGCAGCGCUGGGGCAGUUCGAGCACUGCCUGGUCGAUAGGGGCUGUCCAGUAAACACGCAUCUAUUCUCCGGGAUUGAUGAUGUGGAGCGUCUCAUGGAGAUCAUAAAACAAGCAGCUAAGGAAGGUGCAUUGCUUCUGUACACCUUAGCGGAUCCAAACAUGGUUGAGUCAGCAGAACAGGCCUGCGAGCUAUGGGGUGUUCCAUCCACUGAUAUACUGAGACCCGUCACAGAGGCCAUCACCACCCAUCUUGGUGUAUCUCCAUCUGGAGUUCCUCGAGGGGCUCCAAGUCGCAAACUCCCUCUAACAGAGGAGUAUUUCCAACGAAUUGAAGCUGUUGAAUUCACCAUUAAGCAAGAUGAUGGUGCUCUACCCCAAAACCUGCACAAAGCUGACAUUGUCCUUGCUGGAGUUUCUCGAACUGGAAAAACACCAUUGUCUAUAUAUCUUGCACAAAAGGGAUACAAAGUAGCUAAUGUUCCAAUUGUGUUGGGUGUAGAAUUGCCUGGAACACUCUUUGAGGUAGAACCAGAUAAAGUAUUUGGGUUGACUAUAAAUCCUGCGGUAUUGCAAAUGAUUAGAAGGGCAAGAGCAAAGACCCUGGGUUUCAAAAGCCAAGCACGGAGUAACUACUCAGAGAUGGAUCAUGUGAGAGAGGAGUUGGAGUUUGCUAAUAAGAUUUUUGCACAAAAUCCACUGUGGCCAGUAAUUGAAGUAACAGGAAAAGCUAUUGAAGAAACAGCGGCAGUUGUGUUGAGGCUCUACCAUGACCGGAAGCAGAAGUGUGCAAUGCCACGGAUAUCAAGACGUUACUAGAGUAUGAUGACUGCUUAUUUAGUUUUGCAGGUACAUUUGUAAGAUCAGAUAUUGCUGCUGGAGUUUGUGGGGCAUAGUGGGGUUGCACCUCUGGACUUCCGAUGAAAGUCAAUUACUUGGAAUAACUAAAAAUCGAAAGAAUUAAUAUUGUAGACGUAUCAGAUAAGCACUGGACAAGGUUGAUUAUUUGGGAGAUGCCACCUGCAAGAUCUUAAAUCUCAGAAAACAACCGUUCAGUUCAUAUGGUUAUAAUAAUUAUUUCUACUAAUAAUUGCUCUAGUUGACCACCUACAAGGGGAUUGAUUUAUCAUGUUUACCAUACAGCCAUCUGCACAAUUAUAUGUGAAAAUGCUAUUUUCCGAGAACCGGAAUUUCAAAUUUGAUUUGUCAUGAGAAAAAAACCACCUAAUUCUUUGAGUUAUUCUCACCAAGAUUAGCAUAUGGAUUUUUAGUUCUUUAAGUAUGAGAAAUAACACAUGGGCAGAUUUUCUUAUA